CACCGCGCUGGAGUCUGUCUUCGCUCUACCUCUAAUCAAAGACGAAGAAGAAGAAGAAGCAAAGGGCGGCCUUCAGCGAUACAGCACAUCAAGUUAUUUCAGCUAAAACGAAAAAUCGCUUUCCCUCCUUUUAGAUAACCGAGAUAAGGGUUGUUUGGAAUAAAGAUCCAUUCAUGUGCCGACAGAGGAGUGGAUAUUAAUACAAACAUGUCCGGAGAGGGUCAGGACAGAAGGACUCGCUGGCAGGAGAUUCAAAAAGGCCUGCAGUUCAUCCAAUCAACGCUUCCAUUUCCUGGAAGUCAAGAGCAGUAUGAGGUGUUCAUUAAAGAUCUCGUGUGGAAUCUUUUCGGAGAAGGAAACGACGUGUUUAGAGAAGGGGAUUGGACGAAAUCCAUCGAGAUGUACACGGAAGCUUUGAGUAUAGCGGAGUACGCCGACUCGGAAGACAUUUGUGUUCCGACAAGUUUACUGGAAAAGCUGUACGCAAACCGAGCUGCUGCGUACCUAAACAUUGUCCCGGGACUGUACGACCAAGCGUUAGAAGACUGUGAAAAAGCUCUGCAGUUGAACGAGGGGAACUACAGAGCGCUGUACAGGAAAGCAAAGUCCUUGAAAGAGAUGGGGAGACAUCAAGAGGCCUAUGAGGCUGUUGCCAAAUGCUCUCUAACAGUGCCUCAGGACACCGGUGUCACACAGCUGACUGAGGACCUUGCCAAACUUUUGGGAUUGAAAAUCCGUAAAGCUUAUAUCAGGAGUAAGCCUGCCUUGAAUGUCUUGCGAGGAUCAAGUUAUCAGGAUGCGUCAUGUGACAAGUUUUCCCAUGACUCGUCCUCAGUUGAAGAUAUAGAAAUUGAAGUGCCUCAGCUGACCCAGGACAGCAGUGUUUUGGCUCCGGCUCCCCUCCCAGCUGCAGUAGCGUCGCACCCGGCUCUGAAUGAAUCGGCGGUGGAUGAACUUUCCCCCAUCAGCAGCAUCUCCUCUGUGACUUUGUCUGAGCCGCCAGGCUUCGAGUCCGUUUCCCUGCCUGUAUCUGUUUCCCUGCCCGCGUCUGUGCCCACGUCGGUUUCUCUUCCCGUGCCCACGUUUGUUAACGGGUGCAGAACCGGUACGCCUUGCUCAAUGCUUGAAACGAGUCAAGACUUUGACGCGGACAUCAUCGGGGACGACCUCGAUGACCUGCUGGACCAAGCUGGCCCCGAAUCAGCCAUGAUUAUCCCCACGAUGAAGGGGCCCCUUCCUCUGCCGACCAGUAUUUCCUCGGGCAGCUCCAUGUCGAGUCCAUUCCUGAUGCCAUCUCACAUCAACCCCUUUCUCCACAGCAGCGUCCAGCAGUGCACCGUAACCCUGCCCCCGCUCUAUCACAAGUCGGGGUCAAGUACGUAUUUUGGUAUGGACAGUUUUGACGCCCUCCCCCCACCUCUGGACUCCCUGGAUAAUCUCAACAUAACAGACUAUAAAACAGAUUAUGCUCAGAAUCCAUUCAUUCAACAGCUGAACAACAAUGAAAGCCCGAUGGGGAUGGCUGUAGGGAUGCCUGAAGUGAAGGGUCUUCCUGCUGCUGUGGAUUUAGCAAAGAACCCGUUGGCUGACACGCAUGAAUUCAGACAAGCGUGCUCGGUGUGCUACGUCAAAACUGGGCCCGGUGUAUUAGAUUACGCACUUCACACAGAAGAGCACAAAUGCAAAAAGGAUGCUUUACUCGGCAGAAUUAAACAUUCACAGGACAAAACGUGGAAGCUCAUUCGGCCCAGACCAACAAAAACCCAAUACGUCGGCCCUUAUUACAUCUGCAAAGAGGUGGCGAUUGGAAAGGAGUGUCUGUACCCCGGCCACUGCACGUUUGCAUACUGCCAGGAAGAGAUCGAUGUUUGGACUCUGGAGCGGAAAGGGUUCAUAUCCAGAGAGCUUCUGUUCGAUCCUUAUGGGCCCAACUCAAACGUCAGGCUGACUGUCCCCAAGAUCUUACACGAGCAUCACGGGCUCUUCAUGUUUCUCUGCGGAGUGUGCUUUGACCACAAACCCCGAAUAAUCAGCAAAACCAACAAAGAUGAAUCUUCACUUUGCUCUCACCCGGUGACCAAGCACGACUUUGAGGAUCAUAAGUGCUUGGUCCACAUUUUGAAGGAGACUACGGUUCGUUAUUCUAAGAUCCGACCCUUGAGUCCUCUGUGCCAGCUGGAUCUUUGCCGCCAUGAAGUCCGAUACGGCUGCGUGAGAGAAGACGAGUGCUUCUACGCCCACAGCCUCAUCGAGCUGAAGGUGUGGAUGAUGCAACACGAGCUUGGUAUCACUCAUGAAAGUAUUGUCCAGGAGGCAAAGAAGUUUUGGAAUGCAACAGCUUCGUUGCAGGGAGCCCAGCAGCUCACCAGUGCACAGAGGAGGUUCGGGCCUCCAAACCUGAAGAUGAUGUUUGUUUGUGGUCAGUGCUGGAGAAACGGCCAACUCAGCGAAGCUGACAAAAACAAGAAGUAUUGCUCGGCCAAGGCGAGACACACGUGGGCUAAAGACAGGCGGGUGGUGCUUGUAAGUUCCCACGAAAGGAAAAAGUGGACAACGGUUCGACCCCUCCCAACGAAAAAACCCAUCCCGUCUCAAUUUGAGAUUUGCAUGCAUGUGACGGCUGGCAAGAAGUGUCAGUACAUUGGGAAUUGCACGUUUGCUCACAGUCUAGAAGAAAGAGACCUUUGGACGUACAUGAAGGAAAACAACAUUCCAGAUAUGGAUCAGCUUUAUGAGCAGUGGCUGCAGUCUCAGAAGCCUGGCUGGGGGGACGACGCCUCCAGCAACUCUGUCAGGGAGAACGGCAAACAGAUCCACAUGCCAACAGACUACGCUGAAGAAGUGGCUGGCAAUCACUGUUGGCUGUGUGGUAAAAACUGCAACAGUGAGAAGCAGUGGCAGCAGCACAUCACUUCAGAAAAACACAAAGACAGAGUGUUCAACUCUGAGGAUGAUCAGAACUGCUGGCAGUAUCGGUUUCCCACGGGCACUUUCAAAGUUUGUGAGAGGUUCCUCAAAGGCACGUGCACAGAGGAUGAGUUGUGUAAGCUGGCGCACGGGGAGCAGGAACUAAAAGAGUGGAUGGAGCGCAGAGAAUUCCUUUUGAUGAAACUUGCCAAAGCCAGAAAAGACCAUCUUAUAGCACCAAAUGACAAUGACUUUGGAAAAUACAGUUUUCUGCUUAAAGACAUUAUCUAACGACGCAGUGACGAUAUUCAUGCUCCCUUGCAAUUAAUGCAGUAUUCAAACAGUCUCGAGUCAGGUGAUCCUCCAGGGCCUCUGAGCCUGAUCACAGCAUGAUUUUAAAGAGGGCGUUCAGGACCGGCCCUCUGGUUGGUGGCUGGUUUACUCUGAUCUGAACUACACGAGUGUCAUCAUAUACAGCGAGCACCGAGUGGACGACACUUGAAGCUUCGCGCCUCUCAGCACAACACCCAACAGUGGGGCUGAAGGCGGCGCGUGUAAACCUUGAUCAGAGACGUGUUCAGAAACGGUUAAGCCUAAAGUAAAUUCUUCCAAAAGCAGUUUGUAUUUGUUAAAGACCUUUCACCUUUCAAUAUGUUUUAAGUAUGGGAUACUUAAAUUGAGAAUUCAGUUGACAUUUUCUUAUUUUAAUCAGUCAGCAUAGGUCACUUUCCAUUUAUCCAAUAGUGUUACCAGUGUAAUGGGAACCACCAAAUAAAGCUUCCUUUUUAAAUCUG